AGAUUUUGGUAAUUAAUACAAAUAUUGAUAACAAGCACAUCACGGAACGAAUACAAUACCUAAGCAGUGAUCACGUCACGCUUUAAUUUCACUGAUAUCAUAUAGUAACGACACAACACAACGUUAUUUGAAAAUCACGGUAUCGCUCGUCUCACUCUGCGAUCGAUGAAAACUCUCUCGUUCGACUUCAAAUCGCCGGUUCGUUCGAAUUCGUGUCGGCCGAUUCGAGGGUCGGCAACUGACAACAAAAUGCUACGCCGACUCGCCAGUUUGCUGUUCCUCUGUACGUACGAACUACGCCAUUGUCCGAUAUCAAAUCUUCACAUAUUCAUAGUGAAAUGGAUAAUAACCAGUUGAAACUCCAAUGGUCGUUGGAGAACAUCGAAAAAUUCAUCAAUCUGUACAAACAACACGGAUGUCUGUGGAAUCCCGAGUUGGACAGCUACAAGAAUUUCCACCUGAAGAAAUCAGCCUUGCAGAAAAUGGUAGCCGAUAUGCGUAUGCACGGGUUGACUACCUUCUUGGCGAAGGAGAGGAUCAAAACUAUUCGCACUAUGUAUCGAAGGGAGCUGAACAAAGUUGUCAACUCUUCCGCCAAUGGGGGUAAACAGAUUUAUAGACCGAAGUUGUUCUGGUUUAAACAAAUAGAUUCUUUCCUGCGACCUGUGACAAUUCUGCGCAAUUUUGGAAAUCAAAACAGCUCUAUGUCUCAAAACACUGAGGUCAAUGGGGAAAGUGACGAUAAUUUCUCCGUUCAAGACCAGAGAAUAGAGGACGACUUCAGAAAUCAAUCAUCGAUUCAAAUCGAAGAAUAUAUAUCAAAUUCAAGAUGUACCACUCCCAUGGAACAAUCUAACAAAAAACGCAAAUGUUCAAGCAAUGAUUUCUACGAUGUUUCCGACCUGCAAUCAAAUAGUAACAAUUUUUCAGGAGAAAAUGAAUUUGACCUAUUCGCCAAAUUGAUUGCCGUUCUUUUGAAGAAGCUUCCAUUGAAAACUGCAAUUCAAUGCAAACAGGAAAUGAUUAAUCUCGUAUUCUCUAAGCAAAUAGAACUUUUGGAAAACAACAAUGUUCAAGCUGUAGAAAGAACUAACAACUCAUCAGAAAAAUCUCCGCUUUCUGGUUAUUUUGAUAUAGAGUAUGACGAAAAACCAAAUAUACACAAAGAUACUAUGAACCAUGAAAAAGAUAUUUGAUGGAGAAAUUUAAGAAAUAAUACCUAUAAAUAGUUCAUAAUUUGUGAUAUUUUCUGUUUCAGUUGUAAUAUUUUUCUUUGUUAUAAAAUAUAGUACAUAUUUUAGAUUA